GUUUGCUGUUUUGUGAUUAUUUUUCUAUUUUAUUAUUUAUAAAUUAUUAUUUAUUUGUUUAAAAUGACGUUAUCGAAAAAAAUAAUAACUUUAGUGUCAGCAGAGGGAGUUUCUUGUACUGUUAACAGAGAUGUCAUUUGCAUGAGCAAUGUCAUCAAAAAUAUACUCAACGAUAUUGAUGAUGAGACGGAGCCGAUACCGUUACCGAAUAUAAAGACGAACGUACUAAAUAAGAUAAUUGAAUACUGUAAACAUCAUUACAAUAAUCCGCCAUCACAAAUUCCACAACCCCUCAAAUCCGCUCAACUCAACGAAGUGGUUUCCGAAUGGGAUUAUGAAUUUGUUAAUGUCGAUAAAGAAUUCCUCUUCGAACUUAUUCUCGCUGAGAACUUUUUGGAUAUAAAGCCGUUGUUGGAUUUGACGUGUGCCAAGGUGGCGUCGAUGAUAAAGGGGAAAACACCCGAACAAAUCCGACGCGAAUUCGAUAUCGUCAACGACUUCACUCCCGAAGAAGAAGCUAAAAUAAGAGAGGAAAAUAAGUGGUGUGAGGAAUUGUGAGUGUUAAGAGCUACGAGAACGUACUCUCCUGUAACUGGGACUUCUUGAACGGAUUCGUCUACCACGACUAUGCGAUCUACUCCUACUACGCCUAAAUCUUAUUAACACUCCACACUACUACUUAAUACCGAGUACUGUAGCUACUAUGGGAACUAGAGUGCUAGAAAACCAUUUAUUAUCUCUGG